AUGUUUGCUAAAGUGAUAGUGCUUACCUUUGUUGCUGCGGUUUUGUGUGAGGAACAUGGAUACUCGCUACGGAAUCAUCAUGGACCUCCUAAGAGUUACAGGCAAUAUUAUGAACAUGCUCCCAUAAAGGUUCAAGAGGAAGAAGGUUCCCAAGAGGUUCAGUAUGCUGCUGCUGCUCCUGAAUCCCACGGACAAGGAGGACACGCCUAUUCUUCUCAGAGCAUUAUCCGUCUUGCCAGUCAAGGAGAGUCCCAAGAGUCCCACAAUGACCAUGUAGCUCCCGUAUACCAAUAUGUGCAGGAAGAGGAACAAGUGCGUCAAGAAUCUCCUGUACGCGACGAGACUCCAGCUCAACAUUAUCAGUCCGUUCAGUUUGCUCCCGCUCAAGAGCACCAUGAAAUUCCCGUAAAAGCUCAAGAACAUUACGCUCACGGUCAUGAAGGUUUGAGCUACUACCAAGGAGCUAAUGCUCACGACAGUUUGAACUUCCACCAUGGCGGUCAACUCCACACUGCUGUGCAUCACCCUGCCCCAGUACACCACGCUGCUCCAGUGCAUCACGCUGCUCCAGUGCACCACGUUUCUGCAGUGCACCAUGCAGCUCCAGUGAACCAUGCUGCUCCAGUACAUCAUGUUGCCCCCGUUCAUCAUUCAGCUCCCGUUCACCAUGCCGCUCCCGUUCAACACGCUAUUCCGGUUCACCACGAAGUACCCGUCCAUCACGCAGUACCUGUCCAUCACGAUGCUCACGCUCACGAUUUCCACGACGAGCCCAUCGACUAUUAUGCGUACCCUAAAUACCAGUACGAGUACAAAGUAGAGGACCCUCACACCGGAGACAACAAAUUCCAGCAUGAAUUCCGUGAUGGUGAUGUUGUGAAGGGAGUGUACAGUCUUCAGGAAGCUGAUGGAUCCAUCAGAACUGUUGAGUACAGCUCUGACAAACACACUGGAUUCAACGCUAUCGUGAAGCACUCCGCCCCUGGUCACCAGGUCCAGAUUGAAAGCCAUCAUCAGAACUAA